CAGAAUAUAAAUUGCAGCCGUUUGUGCCCAGGGUACUGGAUGCACCUGAGGUGAGGCUGGCCUGUUGGAGACGGAUCACAUCUGGAGACAGGAUGAAUUACUUCAUUUCCAUUGUGUUCAUGGUCUGCAUUUACCUGCCAGGAUCUGACAGUGCAGGUCUGGAAGGGAAAUCGGUGAUAUUUGGAAAAGAAACAAGCAACAGCUAUGUCAGACUUUUCCCAUCGCCUUUCACUGAAUUGACUGCCUUUACUGUCUGCCUCAGGGCAGCCUCUGAAUUGUCCCGCGAUUACAGUUUGUUCUCCUAUGCAACGUCAAGGCAUGACAAUGAACUGUUGAUUUGGUACAGUGCUAAUGGACACAUCGCCCUGUAUUUAUACAGCAAUAUCGCAGAGUUUUCCCUUCCAAAAAUGGAUGCCUUGCUGAGACACAUCUGUGUAACCUGGGAAUCUAAAGAGGGUUUGGUUACCAUCUGGGUAAAUGGGAAACGCUCUUUACAGAAGAUUGGUAGAAAGGGUUGGGUUGUGAAAGGUUCUGGUCAGUUUAUUCUUGGUCAGGAGCAGGACAGUGUCGGAGGAGGUUUUGACAAACGUCAGUCCUUUGUCGGGGAGAUAACUGAUGUUCACGUGUGGGAUUGUGUACUCGAAGCCAGACAGAUUGAGACAGCAAAUGAGGGGUGUUUCAGUACCGGAGGCAACAUCAUCAACUGGGGAACAACUUUCUAUAAAUCAGGAGGGAUUGUGACAAUCAAGGACAAUAAUGACUGCAUAUUUUAGAGUCUUGGCGACAAAAAGGAUACGACUGUUCACAGGAAGCACUUUCUCCCCAAGCCGGUCUUACUGAAUUUGACUUUUCAUUGUGAUCUUUUCUCUCUAAAUCAGAUGAUCAGUAGAUAUAGUGAAGUUGAUUCUGGAAUAAAGGGCUGUUCAUGUCUGGGUAAGGGACCACUCAGUGAGUCCUUCCAGUUGCUCAUCAGCCCUCACUGACUGGGGAAUGGCCUCAGACUCAGUGCUCUCUCCCCCUCUCACACACACACAUUGUUUGUUGCACCAAGCUUUGGAAAACUCGCAGAAUGUACUGCGCCUCAGGUGACUGGGAUUGAACUGUAACACUGCUGUUUUUCAGCUUAGUAAAUUAGCAUCAAAACAAAAA